GUGGGCAUGUGAUCCAUCUUUGUUGCUAGGCUGCCUACCUUAAACUAAACUAAGCUAAUAGUGUAGUAGACUAGCUAAGCUUUCUAACUGCUGAUAGCCUAUUGCUACAAAAUUUGACACCUAUAAACGCAACCUCUAAUGUGCGAAUUACUGAAAGAAUUCUCGUCAAUAUAGUCUAGAUAAUAUAAAAUGGCCUAUAGUAACAGUAAGGACGCUUUAAGAAUCCCAAGGACACCACUGGAAUCAAGACAAGGCUAUCAUCCUAAAGGGGAGGAUGACUUGGUAUGGAGGAGCCCACCAACUAGACAACUGUCUCGUUCGAGAAGAGUAGAGUUUGAGAGUGAUAUCAGAGAGAGGUUUUACGAUGACUACAUUGGGGAUAGAACAGUUGGAGAUGCUGGCAAUGAAGUGCUGACAACCUCAGAGCUGGCCAAGCUGAAGUUUGAUCCUAACCUGUAUCGAGUGAAUGCUUACCAAGGGCUUGUGUACGACCCUAUGCGCACUGUUCCUGUUGAUGUUGACUUGCGUGGAAAACUUCGUGCAGAGAAGGAAAGAGGAAGACACGCUCAGGUCCAGCAGAGUCGUCAGAGAAGAAUGUCUGAUUCUGCACUCAUGUCGUCUCGGCCCAUCUCUUCACGAGGGCAUCAACGAUUGGAGCCAAUUCAACCUCAAACACAACUGACAGGGAAUCCAAGAGCUUCCUUUGAACGACCAAGAUCAGCAGUACAGAAGGACUUGGAAGCCACGCUUUCACCAGAUCUUGUUCCUGGAGUCGAGGGGUGGCUUGCUAGUGCUAACCCAAAAGACAAAGAGGUUGCUGCCAACUUUUUCCGCACUCUGAGCUCUCAUGGUAAGAGACCUGACCCUGCUGCCAGGGCUGCCCUCCAUCGUACGAGGGUACGCUCAGCAGUGAUGACACCUACUCGCAAAACAAGGGAAGAAAGAGCAACCCAAAACGCUUUCCAGCAACUUGCAAGAGAAACUGCAAUGGCUGACCAAGGUCAACCAAGUGAUAGGAAACCAGCCAGAGAACAACUCAAGAGACGCAAAUCUCUAACUGAGAGGACUGUUACCAAGGGAUCCAUGUUCUCGGCCAAAAGACAGCAGCCAUCUCAUUUCACGGUACACACUGACUGGGCCUCUGAAUCUAUUAGCCAGCCAAAGAAAAAGUAGUAAAAACGUUUUUGUUUUUUCACAUUAGAGAAGUUUGUUCUGUUUUGUUUGCUGACCAUGUUUUGUUGUGCAUGAUAGACUAAGAUUGCCUAGCGUUAUUUACAACUGCACAAAUCGUGUAUGUGAAUGCAACUUUUUGAUCACUGUAUACAUAUCAUUGUUUUGGUGUACGUA